AUGGCUUCCCUUGCUGCAGCAAAUGCAGAAUUUUGCUUCAACCUGUUCAGAGAGAUGGAUAACAAUCAAGGAACUGGAAAUGUGUUCUUCUCCUCUCUGAGCAUCUUCACUGCCUUGGCCAUGGUCCGUUUGGGUGCACGAGGCGACUGUGCUUCUCAGAUGGAUAAGGUGCUUCACUUGAAUACCGUCUCAGGACAUGGAGACUCUUCCAAUACUCAGCCAGGACUCCAAUCUCAACUGAAAAGAGUUCUCACCGAUAUAAACACAUCUCACAAGGGUUAUGAGCUCAGCAUUGCCAAUGGUCUUUUUGCGGAAAAAGUGUUUGACUUUCAUGGGAACUAUAUUGACCAUGCUGAAAGACUAUACAAUGCCAAAGUGGAACGGGUUGACUUCACAAAUGAUAUAGAACAUACCAGAUAUAAAAUUAACAAAUGGAUUGAAAAUGAGACACAUGGCAAAAUCAAGGACACCUUUCGUGGAGGCAGCAUAAGCUCCUCUGCUGUAAUGGUGCUGGUGAAUGCUGUAUACUUCAAAGGCAAGUGGGAGUCGGCCUUCUCCAAGAAUGACACUCGAAAUUGCCCUUUCAAGUCUCCCAAGUGUCCUGGAAAAACAGUCGCCAUGAUGCAUCAAGACGGGAAGUUCAAUUUGUCUGUCAUUCAGGACCCAUCUAUGAAGGUUCUUGAACUUAGAUAUCAUGGUGGCAUAAGGAUGUACAUAAUGCUCCCUGAGAGUGACCUAUCCCAAAUUGAAAACAACCUGACCUUUCAGAAUCUGAUGGACUGGACCAGUCCAAGAAAAAUGAGCUCUCAGUAUGUUGAGGUGUUUCUUCCUCGGUUCAAGAUAGAGAAGAAUUAUGAAAUCAAACGGUAUUUAAGAGCCCUAGGGCUGAAAGAUAGCUUUGAUCAGUCCAGAGCUGAUCUCUCUGGUAUAGCUGCAGGAGGCCGUCUGUAUGUAUCAAAACUGAUGCAUAAGUCCUACAUAGAGGUUACCGAGGAGGGCACAGAGGCCACGGCUGCCACAGGAAGCAACAUCGUAGAAAAGCAACUUCCCGAGUCUACGGUGUUCAGAGCUGAUCAUCCAUUCCUAUUUGUCAUCAGGAAGGAGGACAUCAUCUUGUUUAGUGGCAAAGUCUCUUGCCCUUGAAAAUCCAAUUGGUUUCUAUUAUGAUAGUCCCUGUACCGUCAAGGAACCACCCCAAGUGGAUAGAUUUGAGUUUAAUUGGGAGCACGUGGUGUUUCCUUUCCUUUACUUCCUUCUAGCGUUGGUCGG